AUUUCGGCAGACAAAAAUUUGAAUCUGAGAAUUUCAAAGGUCUCGAAUUUCAGAUUUAAAAGUUUAAGGAAAUCGGCUAUGGGUUUUGGAAUUUCGAGGAUUGGCCAUUUUGGAUGGAGUUGAUGAAGAUGAGUUCAGAAGGCAGUCGUCGAUGGAUGUUAUGGUGGAAGGCGGUGACGACGAUGACCAUCAUCUCUAAAAUACAUUUACACGGAGUAGUUAUUUUUCCUAAUACAGAGUAUUUUCUGACCGGCAUGAUUUAUUUGUGAAAAAAUGAUAAAAGUGAAUAAGUGAUACGCAUGAUUACUUUUCCUUUCAAGCCUAUUUGUGAUAUUUUCCCUCUUUUUAACAACCAGUUUGAAACACCCGCUCUGUCCGCAAUCCAUUGUCACAAGCCCAAAAUUAAAACAAAGGCCCAAAAUCCAAGAUACCGGAUCACACAGCUGCAGCAGAAUCGCUAAUCGGCAAUUGAAUCGGCCACUCGCUAUUCCGCAUACUCGACUUUUCGAUUUCGCUUGUCGGUCGUCGACUCGUCCAAUGGUCGGCGCACAGCGGCUGAGAACCUCUGAUCUCUAUUCUCUUUCUCUAGCCGCUACUCGACACUCGACAGCCUCCUCUUAGCCUCUAUUGAAUAGCAAGGUUUAAUGCUCCCGAAUUUCCGUAUCAGAGCAAGGUUUGGUGCACGCCAAAAAGCUAAAUUUGCCCCUGAUUACAGAGGAGUCGACCAGAGACGAUCGUCGAUACACCAAUACACCUAGUCGCCAAAUCGCCGACACAGUCACAAAGCAAGCCAGCAACGGUUCAACGCCAUUUCACCCUUGCGCCCCCUCCCCUUUUGGCAUUUUUGCUCGGCCUUUUGCCUUCUGCCUUCUGGUGCUCGAUGGCUGGGUGCUCCUGCACUUGAACUUCUGAAGUUCUGAUCUUCUCACUUCUGUGGACGGGCGAAGGUGGCCUUCCAAGGCUGCGAUUUUGCCCACUGCCCAGGUGCCUGCCCCCUUGGCCCUACCUCCCCAAGCCAUUGCCAUUGUUCUCACCUUCUGAGCAUCUGGGUUUCGAAUUUCAAAUGGCAUUUAGAGGGAGAGGGGGAAGAGGACGUGGUGGAUUUUCCUUUGGAAAGCAGCAAAAGUUUGAACUAUUUCCAGAAAUCAAGGAUGAGAACUUAGGUAAGGCAAACAUGCUUACUGAAAGGAGAUCUCUAGCACUUUCAUAUGCAAGGCUGAAGAGGUAUUGGAAUUCCUCAGCGUACUUUCUGGGCGAUGAAAUCGAUGUUUCAAACAAAACAGAAAGCGUGGAUAUAGAAAGGUUUUCAGACAUGAAUUCAGAUAGAUCUAAAGCGAAACCCCCACUUUCGGAUUUCAUCUUGAUUACCCCAGAUUAUUUUCCUGCUGAAUUGUUUAAAGCUGAAAGGAAGACGAAACGUCCUGCAAAAAGAGUUUGCUGGACUCAAGAGGUAGAUUUGCAAAAGUUGGAUGUCUUUGAGAAGCUUGAACAGAAGGGCAUUGACCAGGGUGAAAAGAAAACUGAGGAUGAAGAUGACGAGGAAGGAGAAGAGAAUUCUGAGGGAGAUGAAGAGUCUAGUGAUGAUGGCGACUAUGAGCAAAAUGUUGAUUUUGACGAUGAUGAAGAUGACUUCAACAUGGAUGAGGGCGACGUUGAUGAGCCCACGUAUGAUUGACGUUUCUCUGGUAUUGUAUUUGAUCUGCAAACUGCAACUAUUCUUUCCUCUCUUUCGCCCCCCUAAGCAAUAAUUCAUCUUUGAUGUUCAAAGUAAUUGAUUAUUUCUUACUCCAUAUUUGAUAAGUACAGAUAUUUUCCAUUGGCAUAUUGCUUGAGACAAAGUACUAUGGAUUUUGGUGUCAUUGACAUGUAGCCCUGAUUAACCUAGUUUUGCUGAAUUAUUAUUGUUAAUAACCUUUUGGUUUACUGGUUUCCCGAAUCUGAGAUUUUGCUUCUUGUUGCAAUGCAUGAGCUUAUAUAGAA